GUUGUCAAACAGCAAAGUUUCUCUGGACCCUCCAUGCAAACUGUCAGCUCAAGACGAACUGGAAAACCCUUCAACCAUCAGAGAAUUGGGGCAGCUUAAAAAAAACAAUAGUAAGGUGAAAAAUAUCCACUGGUCAGUAUCUGGUCAGACGACUCGACACAUCCGCCUCGAAAUCCGAGACAACACAAGGGAUUUAAAAACAGAAACGCAGGAGUACAAAUCAAGCUAGGGCACCAGUAACGAUAGUUGGGACCCAAAAACGUUGUUACAUAUUUGUGACGGCAAAAUACAGCCUGCAAUCUGCUGCCCCCGCCUUCAAGGUGCCUUUACCAUGGUGACACUAAAAGAAUCAAACACUUUACAAUAAGCCAGAAGAAAAACUUCUUGUUAGUUGCAUCCUCACUUUCAGCACCCAUCAUUUUAAACAGUUUGCUCCCAAGACGGCGCUAAUCUGGUGCAGCAAUGCAUCUAGAAGUGAAGGUUGCCCUCAACUUCAUCGUGUCCUACCUGUACAACAAGCUGCCUCGACGUCGAGCUGACCUGUUCGGUGAGGAGCUGGAGAGGAUACUGGUGUCUCGUUUUGAGGGUCACUGGUACCCUGAAGCCCCUCUCCGGGGUUCUGCCUUCCGCUGCAUUCACCUGGGAGCGCCAAGGGACCCCGUGGUUGAGUUGGCCGCCAAGAGAAGUGGACUGGACACAGAGGAAGUACGUGCAAAUGUUCCUGCAGAGCUCAGUGUGUGGAUCGACCCUUAUGAGGUAUCUUACCAGAUUGGAGAGAAGGGGGCAGUGAAGGUGCUCUACCUGGAGGACCCUCCAGGCCUUGGCUGUGACAGCGAGAGGGCAGAGGGGCCGAUCAGAGAGGGUAAAGGAGAUGCAGAGGCAGAAGAGACAAAGAAUCUGGGCUUCAACCCAGACGCUCAGGUGUUUGUGCCAAUUGGAAGUCAGGCAUCUCCUGCCCUCAUGCCGUCGCAUUCCAGCUCUCCCACCCCUCUGUCUGCCCAGUCCUGCCCCGGGCUCUUCAGCUACCCCAGCUCCAGCACGCCCACUGACCCUACUGCCCACUCCUCCAACACCUCUACCCCUUCCCCUCCCAGCGGUGGGCUGCCCUACCUCGCCGCACAGCAGCCGCCCUCUGCUCUCCCGGCUGCCCGCCCUCAACCCAUCACCUUCACCACCGCCAGCUUUGCCGCCACUAAAUUUGGUUCGACCAAGAUGAAGAAGUGCACUGGGGCCGGGUCACCAGCCAGCUCUGGAGUUGUCGUACCUCCCAGUCAGAGAAUGCUCUCCCACUCUCCCACUACCAUCUCAACACCAGAGCUGCUGAAGCACAAGCCGCUGUCUCUGUCCUUGCAUUCCCUUGGAGCUCCCAUCCCCAGCCAGCUGUCUCCCAACGCCAAAGAGUUUGUCUACCCAGGAUCCCCAGGCCCCCUUUACUUCGAUGCUGAUACCGCACCCAUGCAACCUCAUGCAAGCCCUUUCCAGCCCCCCCACACUGUCAGCACUCAUCCAUCCUUUGACCCCUUCUCCAGCCCUCCUCCUUCCCAGAGUGUGGGCAUCAUCGGCAGCAACGGAGGAAUCUCUUAUAUGGAGAAGCCGCCAUUUGUCGAGGGUUUAGGAAGCUACAACCUGCAAUAUCCCAGCCAGUCCUUCCAGCCUGUUGUCCUGGCCAACUAAGCCUUCAUUUGUAAUGAGAAGAGUUGUUGUAGGAGGAGAUGGAUGUUAGAGCAGUGUUGUUCCAGAUAUUUUCCGUUUUUCUAAGAAAUUGUUCUAAUACUAAUACAAGUUAAAUAGUUUUACUACAAAGAUUUAAAAUACCAUGUUCACUAAAUAUUUCGUGUGAUUUGUUUUUGUUCCUCCCUAACCCCUUACCCCAACCUGCCCCUUUUGUCCAUUGCUGUUAAAUGUCACGUUCUACGUGUGGGCUUGGACAGGAGUGGGUGGGGGUGAGUUCCUUUCUACCUUGAGUCCUUGCCAAUCUCGUAUGUUUGUUUUGCAUUGAAUUUUAAUGUGGGAGACUUUUUUUUGUUUUUUUGUUUUUUCUUUUCUUUCUAUUGAACUUGUAGUCUAAUGGACCCGGCUCUAGCGCCAUUUUGCACUGCACUGUCAUGCUGUGAAAAAGGACCUCGCCAAGUCCUGCAGGGAACGACGGCUGUGGAAAACUCAGCACUUUGCUCUGCAAUCUGCUCUGCCCUACUUGCCACAAAUACAGAGAGGGGGGCUCUGCUGUCUCUGUGUGUGUAGUCCUGUUCUGUUUUGUUGUUGCUCAGCGUGAUCGAGAGACAUUGUUUCUACGUUGGGCCCGUUGCCCUUGAAACACACUCGUGUACAGGCACAAUUUUACUUUUUUGUUUUCAGUGGGUGUAUACUGAAAGCAGUUUGUCAGCUGAAAUGUGUACAUGACAUGGGUUAAAUGAAGUUGGAGCAGUGGAGGGAGCAGAAAGGGAGAAUCGGGGUGUUAAGGGAGUGAUGUAGUAGAAUGUAUUGUUCCCAUCAGGGGAAACUGCAGCUGGGAAGGUCGGGGAAACCUUGGUGAAAGUGAGAGGCAAAUGAAUCUUUGUAUUUUAAGACAAUAACCCUGUGCUGAUACCUCAGUUAUACACAUAGGGAUUUAAGUUAUGGUUUUCAUACAUGUAUUCAAAUGGACAGACAUGAACGCACACAUAUGCAGAAAUAUGUGCACAUACACUCAAUUCCAGUCAGCAGUGUGUGAAGGUGAACAGGCGGAGAAGGUGGUGAGGGGGAGGGAAUGCAGCAGCUAAGCAGUAGGGAUUGUGAUAAAUGGCUUAGCAUGACUUUGCCUAUGAAGGAGAGGUUUUCCUCUGCAUGAGAGGAGAGAGGGAUACGGGAAGACCGAAGGAAACGCGAGAGAAGCAGCUAGAGGGUUCUGUCUCCUUGGUGGCAUCAAGAGUGUAUUGACUUGGAGAGGGACACUUUAAAACCCAGAGCACGUUUUGUUGAGUUUAAAUGGUAUUAAAGCCAAAGGCUCACACUAUUCUCUCCCUCAUCUUGAAAUUCUUCAGUGAUCUGCUUCUCUGGCUACUACAAAGAAAAUCCUGAAUCAUACAGUUCAGGCUGCUCUGUCUCUUUUCCCAUUUUCAGUCAUGUGGACAAAGAUAAAAAUAUGAAUGUUCUUUAUUGAUGUGUGGCUUUUGUAGUUUUAUUGGAUAGCUUUUUAGAUCACUGGAAGUCUGUUUCAAGCAUCGGUUUACCAGUCAGGUCCAUGUGAUUGUUGGUUAGUUGCUACAGGGAAGGGUAACCCCAACAUGUCCAUUUGAGCUGUCCAGCACUUUAUUACUGUGCUCCUGAUGCUGUGUGUGUCACCCAUAGACAUGAGCGCUAAACCAUUCCUUUGCCCUCUUUGAUUAAGGCACGUUUGGGUAAGGCACAUCAGCUGUCAUGAAAUGCUUUAGAGAUUCAAACACGAGCUAAAUUUGUAUUUAAAUGCAUCACGUGGGUGUGGAGAUGCUGUCAGUCUUGUCCAUUUUAUUUGAAUGUUUUCUAGACUUGUACUCAAAUGUUUUUGUAUAAGAUGACCCGAGGACCCUCGACUUGUGCUCACGCUGGUAUUGCAAUGUGACAGCUUGUCAUAUGCAUGAAAAGUUUUGUUUUUUUUUUCCUUUUUUUUUUUUUUUUUCCAAGGGGAUAGGUGGGGAGGUACACAUUUCUGUAAAUGCUAUGAUUGUGAGGGAAAUAUGCAUUUCUAAUUUCUGCUUUGUAAUUUAUUUCCAAUAUUUCUAUAUUUUUGUUUUUGCAAAUUAUCACUUGCAUUUGUAUGAAUAAGACAUGACUGGAGUCCAGGAAUAUGUAUAUAAAAAGUUCUUAUGUUCAGAUUCUUUGUUUAGUUUCUUACAUGCGGAAGUUAUUUUUUCAGAAAAUAACAUGAAUAUAUGCAAACUGAGACAAAAAUAAAGAUGUACAGAAUAAAGUUGAAUGUUUGUUGUAUCUUGUACAGCAUUUGUCUAAUAAGACGGGUAAAUGUUUUCAUUUUUCGAGUUGGAUUUGGAGUUUAAGAUGUGAAUGUUUACAGUGGAUUUGUGUAGGAAAAGAUGGCUGAUUUUGACUUUUUCUGUGCUCGCAGGGCAAACUGACACUACCCCCAUAGGCAGUACAUUUAAACCAAAAAUCUCCACAUUUCAGAUUCAUUUGGAUGUAAUGCCCAUCUUCCCUCUUUGUGAAUUUACUGCAUUUCAUGUGGUUGCUCAUGGAACUUGUUCUUUGAAAAUUGUAACAGACCCCCCACCCCCCACUAUAGUUAUUUAUUUUUAAACUGCACAUCAACAUUACUCACCAACGUCCCUGUUCUUAUUUGUAUGCCACUGCAGUAUCUAAACCUAAAUAUAUACUCACCACCUUCAUUUUUAUAUUUCCAAUUAAAUUUUCUUUAUUCACCACCUCUAUUUAUUUCAAUGGGUCAUCGUCUCCCCAUCAGCCUGGUCCUUUGGUCCUGAUACUAUAGCCAUAUCCCAGACUAUCUUUGCUUACACAGAUGCCCUUCUCCAGUGCAAUGUUAUGCCAUAAUUUAAAUUACCCUGAAGGAUUCAAGGGGUUUCUACCUCUCUGCACCCUGGAAAAACAUGUAUCUCUUCAAUAGCAAGACAGUGUUAAUGGCAGGUUUGGAAAGUUGAAGGAAAUGAAUGUGCUUUGAAUGUGAUUCUGAUCUGAUGUUAGUAAACCCUGGUUGAGAAGGCCUGCAGAAAAUAAAAAGAGGAAACUGCUAAUGUUGCGUGUUUAAAAGUCCUGGAGAGACUUUGUCACAUGCAAGUCCAAAAUGCCCAAGGUACUUUUUUUUUUUCUCUCUUCCCCACAUUUGUCAGAUUAUUCAAUGCAAACGAGGUUGUGUCGUUAAGUUUCCUCUGCAUACAAAUCUGGCUCUGGAGGUGAGAGAUCUGAGAAUGUGAGUGAGUACUAUAAAAGCUGGCUUGCCCUCACAUCUUCAAGAAUGAAUGUGGGUUUGUAUUUUACACUUGGAGAGACAGUGUUUUAAACACCACAAAUCAACUUUAAACGCAGGCUGUUCUACAAUCAGGGUUGAUCAUUCAUGAAGAGGAAAAACAAUUUUGUAUUCUGGUGUCCUUUGCUUAUAUCAAUGUGUGCGUUUUAUUUUGCACUUUGGAAUAUUUCAUUGUCAUAAAAGAAGUUUAUUUUCUAUGUAAAAUUUAACAUUUAAGAAUAAAUAGAUAUAAUUAAAAGUUCAGAUGUAUAAAUAUAGUGCUUUCUUUCCUGCCUGUAUUUUAUUAUUUUUCCUAUUUUGUAUCUGAUCUGUACACCCUGUAGAUGUAUAAUGAAUCUUUCACUACUGAAAUGCAAUGGCCUGUUUUCUGUGCUGCCCCUCGGGAAUGGGGAGUUACUACUGCAGUUUCUUAUUGUAUCAGAUUCUUUUUUAAGUUUGUAAUAAAAACAGAUUGGCAAAA